AGGUAAUUCGAGAGCAAGCCAAACAAUAUCGAUGAAGAGAAAAUGAGAUGGAUAGUCAAGGUAAGAAAAACCGACGGUAUAAAAUUUAUAUUAGGGAGCUAUAGCAACGGCCACGGCCACGGCAACAAGAAUAACAAAAGGCAAUAGGCUCAAUCAGAAACUCAUAAGGGCCUGAAACGUGUCACGCGCGUUCAAUGCUCGUGGAUAUUCAUUUUUCAGUUCUAAGUACCAUAUUUGAAAACCCUCGCUGCGGCCUCAAAAAAGCAAUAGGUUUAACAAGAACUUUGCACGUGCAUCACGCUUUUUUUGUACAUUUCUUGACCGUCACUGCACGACUUCGACAUGUAAGUGCCCUUUUAUGGAGGGCGAAAACAAUACGGCGACUUUCUUUUUCUUUUCCUGAACUUCAGUCUCUAGACGAACUGAACGAGAAGAAAUCAGCGCGAGUAAGUUUGAAGCAGCCCGAAUACACAUUUUAAGGGACGUUUUUGUAGCUGUCGCCAUCGUUGUUGCUUGAGUUCCGUCAGGUUCCCUCCCGACAACUCGGAGUAAAAUGAUGUCACGUCGUUUACGAAGUUUGAUUGGUCAGUUAUCUUUCGACCUCGUUCCAAAUAUAGUACUUGCGAAAACAAAUAUAGCCCUUAUUCGCGAUACCCGCCAUUUUUGCACGCGCUCCAGGAUUGAUCGCGGUCGAGUUGUUUAUCCUCUCAAAACAAUAAGACUAUUUUAAUUUGCAAAAUGUACAGUUCAAGUUUCUGGUUAUUAUUUCUUGCUGUGAGGACCUCUACCGUCGCUACUGCAUUAAGAAAAGUGACAACGAUCACUUCUACCUAAAACUUGCCAUUGUCUUUAAGGUAAAAAGUCCCUCAUUUUCUGUUGCCUUAAAUAAACAAACACAACCGCAAUUUCUCGUAUUGGCAGAUUUUAUCACUUGUUUGCUCUCCUGAGAAACCACGUGACGUCACUUUUAUCCCAUCAGUCCUUAUGCGCAUGCAAAAAUGGCGGGCAUCGUGAAUGAGGUCUAUUCACGAGCAUCAAACAAAGCAACGACAGUUACACGUUUCAGCCCCUUAUGAGUUUCUGGUUCAAUAUAAAGCAAAACAACAACUCUGCACGUGUAUCACGCUUUUUUGUGCAUUCUUUUUGCCGUCGUUACAGGACGUGAACACGAGACAACGAUUUUUCUUUUUCUUAAAAGGUACAAGCCUUUACGAUUCAGCUCCAGAACAAUUCGCCACCAUUUGACAAAUGGAACGAGAUGGAAUAAGAACGUAGAAGUUUGAAGCAGCGCGAAUUCAUUUUUUUGGGUAACGUUUUCGCUGCUGUCACUGUCGUUGAUGCUAAAGCUCCUUAAUAGCUCUUUCUUUCAUGUCGAAAUGAAAAGCUGUUGGGUAUAGUGUGAGCUUACCGGUCGUUUCGAUACAAGUUAAUUCUUUAGAGGUGUAAAUAGUUUCCAGUACUUGGCUUAAAGAACGAAGAAUAUUCACCCAAAAUGUUUUUCUUCUUCAACUGCAAACUUUACUUGAAGUGAUCGAAAUUUUGUGCAAUUUCACUGCUCGAGUUCCUAUCGAAAUGACUGUAUCGUGAUGACCGGUGUCCUAGUGUAGAUAUAGCUUCUAGCUUCCUGGAGGAGUAGUCAUAAAGUGAUUUGUAAACUUUUGGCGCUAAACAGUUUUUUUGUUAGUUUGUCAUGUGACCUCACGCGCUGUGGGGGGAUGCCACUUUUUAACAAAUUUUGAUUUUAUUUAGUUUCAAAUCACUCUCUUUACUUUGCAUGUUUUUGCGUCUUUCAGUUAAAAUUGUGUUUCUUCGACAAGAGAGCCGUCAAGGAGUCUUAUGUAAAGAUGGUUGUAUUAAUUCUGGUUGCCGGAAUAACGCUACAUUUCAAUUGGAGUAAUGACCUUGUCGGUGAGUGUUUAAACGUUUGCUAAAGCUUUGGAAACUCCCUUUGUUAUGUUAAGUUCUUAAAGGGCAAGAAAGAAAAAAAAGGUUUUGUUUUCAUAAUAGUACAUCAUUUAGCUUAAGCAGUACAGCGUUGUAAACUUAAAAGCGAAAUAUAGGAAAAAUUGACGUUAUCAUGCACUGCUUACCUCAACGUUGAUACUCGUCAAGGAAAUUUCAACGGUAUUUAGUAAUCUACACUUGACUUCGCUAGCUCCCAACUUGUGCCGCUUUCUUUCCAGAUUUCGUUUAGCCUACUAGCUGUCGGGAUCGUCAAAUCAGUGCGCACAUUGAGGCGGGCUAGAUUCCAUUGGGAUCGAAGUCUUAAGAUUCCGCGCAUCUGUAGAUCUACAAGGGUUCCUGUUCUGCACAAUUAAGAUUGUUUUAUUAAUUAUCUAGCCUCGAUUACCAGCCGCUGUUCUGAAAAAUGAAUCCGCCCGCCCGCGCUCAUUUCCCCUGAGACCGAAGGGAAACGGCGGGAAUAGAGCCUGUGCUUUUCCUGUUUAUUCCUCUUUUUGUUUAAACGUUCGCUGGGCCGAAUCGUCGCUCCCCUCUAUCCCCCACGCAGCGAUAGCUCACUUUUGUGCCUUUAAGCAUUUUGCAAAUGGACGCAACAAUGUUGGGAGUUGUUGCGUCCGUUUGCACGUAGCUAAAAGUUUGGCCGGUUUCAAACUUUGCGCAACAACUCCCACCAACUCGCAACAACAUGCAACAGGGUGUGCAAAGGGACACAACAUGUAAAAUCCAAAAAUGUUGCCGCGUCCGUUUGCACGGGGCUUUACGUAGCUCUACGUAGCUCCCACGGGGCCUGCGCUCUCACUGCAUUGCAUGCUUUCAUAUUUUGCGUGCUCCUUUAUUUCCUUUAUACUACUUUACUGACACUUAACAUCAGCCUUUUUAAUCGUCGUGGCUCUCUCUUUUAAGGUAUGAACUGCAAAUCAAGCUGCAGUGAAGACGACGUUUUGUCUUGUUCGCAAAAUGGAGCGGAAGUAAUCACGAAAUCAAGUGUUAGGGAAAUAGGGAAACCAAUCAGAAGAAAAGGUAACAUUGAACAAACAAACUGUCCUGGAAAUCAAGAAUAGUUCCGAAAAAAUAUGACAACUUUAGUCCCUGGACCAAGAUACAGCUUUCGGCUGCUUCUGUAGCCCUGAUCACUCUCUAACCGCGCCCACCUGGCGAGGUUUUAAAGAUUAGGAGCCCUUUACAGCCUGGCAGGUGUGCGAAAAUGACCUCCCUCUAAGAUUAAGUUUCGAAUGGAAGUUUCCAGGGAGUUAAAUCUCAAUGUUUGUUCAAAUGACCGCUACGGAGCAGUAUCGAAGCAGUAUCAGCAGGUGCUUCUAACUUUUGAGUCUGUGGAUGAAAUCCUAAAGUGUGACCAUUCAAAUGAAAGCUACUGAGCAGUACUUUCCUUUGGUACUGUUUAUUAUGCUGUUCAAGGUGGUUCUAACUUUUGCGUCUGUUGAUGAAAUCCUAAAGUGUGACCAUACAAAUGGAAGCUACUAAGCAGUACUCCCCUGUGGUACUGUUUAUUGUGCUGUACAAGGUGGUUCUAACUUUUGAUUCUGUGGAUGAAAUCCUAAAGUGUGACCAUUCAACUGAAAGCUACUGAGCAGUGCUUUCCUGUGGUACUGUUCAUUUUGCUGUACAGGGUGGUUCUAACUUUUGAGUCUAUGGAUGAGAUCCUCAAGUCUAACCAUUCAAAUGGAAGCUACCCACCACAUACCCAUCCAGCCACCCAAUGAAAUAACGGACGAAUGUUUUCAAUGGCUUCUCGUAUGGGCUGAUACUUGCAAUCUAAAGCCAUGCUUUCAUAAAAUUUUCUAUGUUGCUACCAUACGUCUUUGUUUCAAUUCCGUGAUGAACAAUUUUCUUUCCAGGUUUUUUAACGAUAGGAAUUCCAACAGUUCAACGGGUUUUCAAAAACAAAACUGCAAGUUAUCUGGUAGAAACCUUAAAUUCGCUCUUGGCUGGUAUCUCCGAGGAAGAUCUUGCAGACCUGUUGAUCGUCAUUUUUCUGGCUGACACCGAAGAAGCACCGCGAGAAGAAGUUAAAAGUGUACUACGGUUAAAGUUUAUGAAGUAUUUGGACAUGAAUUUAAUUCAUGUGAUUGCUGCUCCGGCUUCCUUUUAUCCUCAGCUAGAGGGCCUAACACAAACGCUAAAUGACAGCCCCGAGCGAAUCUACUGGCGCUCAAAGCAAAGCAUGGACUAUGCAUUUAUAUUUCACUAUUGCCAAGGGCUUUCUCAGUAUUAUUUACAUCUGGAAGAUGAUGUCACAGCUGAACCAAAUUAUAUGACGCAAAUACGGGAUUUCAUUGCCCGCCAAGGCGACGCAAAGUGGGAUGUAUUGGCAUUCAGUGGAUGGGGCUUUAUUGGGAAGCUUUUUCAGGACAAAGAUCUGCGCAAAUUUGCUCGAUAUAUCACAAUGUUUUAUAACGAAAUGCCAGUCGAUUGGUUGUUAUAUCUCUAUGCAAAUCUACAAGCCGGACAGGGCAUAUUAGGCGAUAAGGAACACAACUGGGAUUCAGAACUCUUUCAUCACAUAGGUCACCAGUCUUCCUCUCUCGGUACCUGA